CAGACAUUUUAUGAAACACUUCGUCUGCAUAAACCUCUAAAACCCAACCCUAAUUCUGGCACAGUCUAAUAACCCUUCUCAAUGGGUUAUAAUUACCGUUUUGCCAUCCGGGCCUUCUUCCUUCUUCUCUCACUCACCACCUUCCUCAACCCUAGCGCAGCCACAACUCGAAGGCUCACGGCCCUCGUCAAACAACAGCCAUUGGUUCUCAAGUACCACAAGGGCCCACUUCUCGGCGGCAACGUCACCGUGAAUCUCGUAUGGUACGGUAAAUUCUCCCCCAAGCAACGGUCAAUUCUCGUCGACUUUCUCCAGUCCCUGAGCUCCGUCCACAGCCGCUCUCCACAGCCCACGGUCGCAUCGUGGUGGCGUACCAUUGCUGGGUACACAGGGAAGCCAUGUACCGUCGCUGUAGGGAAUCAAGUCCUACUAGAGAGUUAUACUCUCGGGAAAACACUGACGAUCGACAAGCUCCCGGUUUUGGCGGCGAGAGGUUCGAAGCGUGGGGGUAAUACGGCGGCGGUCAACGUCGUUUUGACGGACGCUGACGUGUCGGUGGAGGGGUUCUGCAUGAGCAGGUGCGGGAAGCACGGGGCGAGCCGGCGCGGGUCUGCGUACGCGUGGGUGGGGAACCCGGGGAAGCAGUGCGCGGGUCAGUGCGCGUGGCCGUUUCAUCAGCCGAUUUACGGGCCGCAGACUCCGCCGUUAGUUUCGCCAAACGGCGACGUUGGAGUAGACGGAAUGGUGAUCAAUUUGGCGACGGUUUUGGCGGGAACGGUGACGAAUCCGUUUAAUAACGGGUAUUUCCAGGGAACGGCAGGCGCGGGGUUGGAGGCGGUGAGCGCGUGCACGGGUAUAUUUGGGAAAGGGGCGUACCCGGGUUAUCCGGGGGAGGUGGUUUUGGACCAAACGACGGGAGCGAGUUACAAUGCGGUGGGAGUAAGGGGCCGAAAGUAUCUGCUUCCGGCGAUGUGGGACCCAAAGACGUCCACGUGUAAAACGCUAGUCUGAGUAGUGGCCUGGUCGCGCGAGUGGAUUAUUUGUAUAAGAUGCACAUUAUAUGUAUUGUCCCAUUUCAUCUUGUAAAGUGUGUGAAUAAUGAAAUAUAUGUUUACGUUCUGAACUUCU